AUGGAACGCCAGCUUGGUACCCCUGACGAAUGGUAUGAUACAUACGUGCGCCUAUGUCAUGGUGAUCUGGGGACUCAAGAGCGACACGACACGACGACAUCAUUCCACUCCAUUGAGCGAAAUGGAAAAUUGCGUUUGCAGUGGCUCAUUCCAGUGCCCGGAGUCUUCCAUAUUCAGAUGGCUGCAGUAGACGCUAUAUGGAGAAUACACCUUAGGGGUCAGGACAGGUGUGAAAAUGAUACCUUCGAAUUAUUCAAAAAGCUCCGUCCGAAAGAUGCCUCAAAGCUUGCAAGUAAUCCAGGUUACCGUAUGCUCAAUGAUGGAAUCCAGCAUCUAAUCCGAGCUCACCUCACAGUCUACUGGGAGUUGACCACAGGAUUUCAAGACCUAUCGGAAUUCGCUGGAACGGAACCAUCCUGGGAUGAAAUCGAGCUGUUGGCACAUCGCAUAUUCAACGAGCACAUCGCCGGGGGCGAUUUUGAGGACAUACGUGGAAGGCCCAACACCGAGCGUGAUCACAGAGGUGAAAACCGAAUGUUGUUUAAUCGAGAUGCCUUGCUGUACACCCUUCUUGCCCAAGCCACAAAUACUGGUGCCAUUGGCCUCAUGAAAGAUCUUCUCUGGCAUUGGGUUCCAAUGUUCCUUGCAUGCGGAAAACACAAAUACGCCACUCACCUUUCCAAAUUCCUACGUGAUCUACAUCUUGUAUUUCCGUUGCGGCUUGCAAGCGCCAUAGAAAACAACUGGCUAUGUAACCCAACGGGAUCUGAAAAUGGAUUUAGGGGGGUGGAUUGGUGGGUGGAGCUAAAUAAUUUAUACACGAAAGUGAUAUUCUGUGGGUCAGGCUCAAAUAGGACCUUGACACACAUCAUCAAUCAGUCAUCACUGAUCGAGCUCUAUCGAUCAGUGCAUGUCAAUAUCGCGGACAAUUUUGCGGUCACGCGGAGGUCAACUCGGCACACACGAGCUAAUAUGACCAACACCCUAAAAGAUCUCCAAGAAGGUAUCAGGGCACACGUUUGUCGUACUCACACACAAUAUUCUGCCAUCACCACGGGAGUGCCAAACAUGUUAGUCGUUGGACUCACCGAACUCUUGCUGUCUAAAAACCAGCCGGAGGACAGUGCAGAGGAAGUAGAAAUAAGUGCCCGUAUUGAAGAGUGUGACUUUGACGCACUUUAG